AUGCCACCUCGACCACGACUGCCGACUCAUUACGACGCACCCGCACAUAGCGCCAUGACCCAAGCAUGGGCCACCGUAAUUGCGGAAUGCAGGAGCAGAAGCCUCGUCGAGAGCGAAUUCGAGCGCUUUAUUUCGAAUGGUAUGAGGUGGACGGAGGGAUUCUUUGCGUGCAUAUUUGGCCUCCCUGAGGGGAAGUUCAGGCAGAAGUAUAAGAAGUAUUACAAGCCAGAGGUCGACACGGAGGAGGCAUACAGAACAGCAUUCGACAAGUUAUGCGAUGGUCUACUUUCAAUUCCGGAGGCACAAGCUGCGUAUGCGGAGUGCCCGGAGUGGUUGAAAGAGAGGAUUCCACACCAGCUUCGAAGGAAGAGUCGCCGCCAGAUGCAGAGGCGGGAGAGGAAUGCUAAAGAGAAUGACAGCAACACGGAGACCCCGCCCGACACUGUUCAGACGGGAACCAAGAGGAAGGCGCCCCCCAUUGACGACGACGAAGGUUCCAUUCACCAUGAGAAUGCGGCCGCACUUUCUCUGUGUCCAUCUUUUCGGCCUUCUUCAAAUACACCUUCAACUGCGCACACUUCGUACGAAUAUCCAUCCAUCCUGCGAAAACGUUCUUCCCUCGAUGAGGACACCAUCAAGGCGCUCCGAGCCGCCGACCUGCAGGGGCUGCAACUUCUCCUCAGGCCUGAGGAUGAACCUGUCCAGAUGGUUUUCGCCCCUUUCCUCACAGCAAUGCAAUCCAACAGGCUUCUACUGUGGGAUGGCGACCCAGAAACGUCUUCUUGGUCAGGACUAGAUAAACCCAGACUCAUCCGUGCCGAAAACUGGGGCAUCCCGAAGGGCCUAAAAAGACUCUGCCUUGAAGCCACCAGGGACAGAGCAGUCAAUGUGUAUCGUCAAAGGGGUUUUGCAAACCAUGCGGUCCCGAAAGAGAAGCAGCACUACAAGAUUUCCACAUGGUUCAAGGUGGAUGAUCCGGGACAUGUUUUCUGGGCUCUCGACGUGCUCGUAAAAGACGGCAGUACGACCUUUCCGCUAUCCCCGCCUGCAAGUCUCACACAACGCCAGAUUGUGUAUACACGAAACAUUGAGUUUCUUCACAAGGCGAACAUCACGCCGAAGUACACCUUUGUGGACACACAUAAUGACAAUGGCCUCCAUGUACUGAGCAUUUGCGGCAAACGGUGUACCAAGCUGUGGGUAAUUCACCCUCCCACUUCUGAGAACAUGAAAGCGUUCUACAGAUACUACGGCCAUGAAAAUACGUUUGGCAAAUUUGAGCCGUUGGCCAAGGGAGGACUUUGCUUCCUUCAAUUCCCCCAUGAUGCGAUCUAUCUACCACCUGGAACGCUUCACACCAUUUACACAAUCGAGGGUGGGUGCCUGACGGGCACUACGUGGGCGAGCAACACCAGUCUCUUUGCCAGCGCCCAAAUCUUCGAGCAAGACGUCCAGAAAGGGGUGCUCAAUAUGCUGGACAGUUUUCUGAACCUGGUCCGGAGCCUGCAUUGCGCCGUUCAAGACACGUCCGACUCCAGCCGCGAGAACAUGCAGCGAGCGAUGGAGCUGAUUUGUGAGCUUGACAUGGACGAGGUGUGGGAACAGCUGAGGGCUCCGCCGAAGGAGGGACCGAAGAGGGGUGUGACAGCGAGGCAACUGUGGGAUCUGCUCCAGGAUGUGGGUAAGGAAAUGCAAAGGCACGGUUUCGAUGACAUCACCUGUGGUAAAUGCUCUGAAGGGAUAUUUGAGCAUGUGAAUGUUCCGGACCCACGGAAGACGCGGAGUACGAGGUCACGAAAGGGGUAA